AUGAAAGCAAGCUUUCAAGACCGGGUCGCAGAGUAUCGUGCCAGGACUGACAGCGGCGCCAGUGCCGUGUCCUCCUCGAAUGCAUGCUCUUCAUCACCCGUGCAUGGUGGACGUCACCCGUUCCCCAGUCUCGCAGGCUCACCUCCAUCGUCCUCUCCCCCGAUUGCCCUUCGGAACGGGCCAGCCCCGCGAAGCUCGACCCUGCCACCUCUUUCGGUGUCAGUUUCGACACCAGUCCUUGAGGACAACAAUUCGGGAAAGAACCUCACGCCAACACACGUUCACACACGAUCGCAUUCCUUCACCCCGAAAUUGCCAUCGAAGCUGGCGGGCACACCUACCUAUCCUUCCAGCCCGAGGCUGCCUCCCUCGGCCAGUUCUUCCAACACUCCGAUGAAUCACCGUUCCACGACGUUGCUUUCACCGCCAGCCAUUAUCGAACCCCAACCAGAGAAGAAAUCCGAUCCCGACCCGCGUCGUUCCUCCCAGAUCCUUGUUCACAGUGGUUUGAUCAACAAGCUCACGGAUGUCCCUCCUAACCUCAAUUCACCGAACGCCAACCUCCAGCUUUCCAAGGGCUGGAAGCCCUACAAGAUGGAGCUGAAGGGAUCGAAACUGUACUUUUUCAAGCCACCAUCUGACCGAAACAACGCGAUCAAGGACCUUUUCCCAACAGGGCUCGUUCCACCAUCGGAGGAGGAAGAUGACGAACCGAUUCUGGAAGUGGAGAAACCCAAGGAUGAGCCUCCUCCGAGUGCUGGUGGCGCAGGGAGGCGGAAGAGGGCGUUCUGGGGGAGAAGAACGCACCCUGACCUCGUCUCCGAUGACAGAGGGGAGAUCGUAAAGGGCACCUUUGAAGCCCUCGUCCACGAAGCUGCCUUCGGAACCACCUUCGACCUCGCAGGUGACCAAACACGAUGGAAAGACUUUGCUUCUUCCAUCCUCCUCGCGCUGCCGAACGUCAUCGACCGCGCGACAUUCGAGACGGAGCUUCUGCGGUGUUGCUCUUACCUCAUUAGCGGAGCGGAAGAUGACACUCGAGAGGCGGAACGGACACGCGUGGGUUGGAUCGCGAACGAGUAUCUCCGGCACCAUGGCAAGCCCGUCGAUGGUACGGCCUGGGACGAGUGGAAGAAGGAGACCAUCCCUGGUGUGGACAUCAGUGCUGAAUCCACCAACUCUUCCUCCGGAAUGCCAACGUCGGCUUCGACUCAGGCAAUCUACCCCUCCUCUCCCCCCAAUCCGGCCUCGCCGGAAUUUACGACAUUCUCACCACGACCUGACAAUGCCGCGUCGCGCAUGAUCCCACUUCUCGAUGCUCUCAACCCUGGCCUUCAUCGAACUUAUGAGCACCCUAGCGUCGUGUCGCCAACUAGCCAAAUCCCAUGGAACGUGUUGCAAGAAGAAGGCCUCACGCGCGACAUCCUCGUUCAGCUCGACCCUCUCUUCCUUGCACGAAGCCUGACCCUGUUCCACCGUUCAGUCCUCGAGCAGUCCCCCGAAAACCUAACCGCCGAAUUCCUCCUCCCCGACUCUGACCACGCGAAGCAGUCGCCGUCUAUACCCCUCGCCAUGUUCUUUGGAACUGAAGACCAGCCGCACUGGUUGACGAAGCUCCUGCUCGUGCAGAUAUUCUCGACUGAUACGCACGGUCCCAACCCCGGCUAUACCUCACCCAUCAUCCCACACCAGACCCCGCAACAACUCCAGUCGCCUGGUCGAAGAUCAGAAGAUCGGUCACGCCAGCCAGCACCGCCGCCUUCCUCAACAUCCCGCACGCACACGCGCUCGGAGAUUAUCUCGGUGUGGGCUAAAGUAGGAGAGCUGUGCCGAAGGACGGGAGACGAGUGUUCGUGGAGGGCGAUCGCGGCUGCCUUGUGUUCGCGGCCUGUUGCGCGGCUGGAUAAGGCGUGGCGGAGGGUGGAGCCCCAGGCGUUGGGGAUUGUAGAGUCCUGGUCGUACCCUUCGAGCGAUGGCAAGGUGUUGACUGUCAAUGACCCUCAGGUGACACCGUGGGGUGGCGACCUAAAGACACAACUCGCGGCUGAGCUGGGCAAGGCAAAGGGCGACAGUGGGGCUGACCAGAUGAUGACGGUGUCAGCAUUCCACAGCACCAAGGCGCUGUUCGAGAAGUUCAGAGCUGCUUUCGUUCUGUGUCCGAGGAACAUUGUGGUGCCUGAGGAGGAGGUAAACGACGAUGUGAGGAGGAUGGUGUCAUUCUGGAAGGAUGUUGCAGAGGGUGGGAGGACGAGUGGGUUGGCGAUCAAAUUCCAACGCGUGGAGCAGUUCCUGUCACUAUCGCUUGCCGCCGAAUCAAGACGGAAAGGGUUGUUUGAGCCAUUCUUCUGGCAAAAGCAAGCGCAGCCACAGGGUCCCCACGCAGCCCUUAUACCCCUGCUGUUCCCUGAACCCCUUCCAACGCAAAGCCUCAUUGAUCGAAUACACUUGGUGCGGAGCCGAGUCGAGAGUGACGCGAUGGAGAUGCAGCAGUACCUUCGAAACAGCCCUGGUAAUCACCCCCUGCAACGGUUGGACUUCAACCCCGAUUUCACGAAGCGGCUCAUCUUCGGCCAAGCCGGGCCUGUGAUCUCGGUCAACAAUGGCGAGCUGCUGCUCAUGGUCCAAGGUGGUGGUCCUGAAUCUCGUCCCCCUUCGCGUGCACCUUCGCGGCCCACGAGUUCUGCGCAUGACAAUGCAAGUCCGGAGAAGGCCGUCAGCCGGACCCCAUCGAUACGCGUCAAGCCAAGUACAUCGCACGAUCUGAAUCGCAAGACGAGCGUUGCUCGACGAAGCUCGCUUCCUUCUGUGUCCCACCGCCAGAACUAUGUCAUCAGCGAGACGUCGUCUGAACCUCCUCUGCGGGUCAUCGUGCAAGCUGGGACGUUGGAUAACCUCGUCAAUGUUCUUGUCCAUGGACUUGGCCACAUCUCGGUUUCAGUAGCGGACGACAAUGGCGAGAUGACCCUUCUUGAAGGCAAAUCUCGCGAGCUUGUCGUUGAUCGUGCCGAGUUCUCGACGAUAUGGUGGAACGUCUUCCGGAGCUUCGUUACUCCCUUUGUGUUCUUUGAGCUCCUGCGAAAGCUUUAUAUUACGUCUCAACCUGGUGGCGCGUCUCCGGCGGUUGGAGAAUACAUCCAUGUGGCGACACGACGGAACGAGGUCCUGACGACGAUAAAGGAGUGGCUGACAGUGGGUGGCGGUGCGCAGGAUGUGUUGGACGAUGCCCAGCUGUACUCGUCGGUUCAAUCGUUCUUGAGCGGUCCUUCUGACCACUCGGUGCACAAAGCCGAGAACUUUGAUGAUCCUACUGUUCGUCAAGUGUGGAAUGGGCUGGAAGAGAACCACAAGAUCUUGAAAGCCUGCUUUUCUUCGCAAACGAUGAGACCGACCCUGAGCCGGCUGCAUAACCAGAAACGGAUCCCCGGUGUCAAUGCUGGCAGAACGAAGCAUACGGCGCCCCGGGAACCACCUGACUUUGAUCGAAUGGAUCCUGAAGAUUUCGUCGAUAAUCUGGAUGGGAUGGCCUAUGCGGCAUUCAAUAAUGUUACCGAAGAGGACCUCUACAUCACCGCAGACUUAUUGGAGGUGCAAACCUCUGAUAAGACGGGUUGGUUCACUUCCAGGGAGCCCAGCACGAUCGAAGAGAUUACCGAGAUCCAGUCGAUCUAUGGACACCUGCAGGAAGUGGAAACGUCGUCGCUCAUUUCGGAGCUGUCGCAGGAGGCGUUGUACCGACAACUCCCUCCAGGAAUCCGAAGCUGCAUCCGGGCCUUUGGCAUCAUACGUAAAUGGCUCAUCUCGAAGAUUGUGGCCCCGAGACUGGGGCUCCGGGCUCGACAGGCACGAAUGGAGCUUCUCGUCCAGGCCGUGGAGGUGGCAAGGCUUCGAAAUGCGGAGAGGGCACAGUCUGGGCCUGCGAUCAUCCAGCCUUGUGUGCGGUCGUUUGUCGAAUCUGUGGUCACUUCAGCCAUUCUCAGCAUCGAGAGUCGCAUGCACCACCGGUCAUGGCAGAGCGUUGCCCAUAAUCGAGGAACGCAGUGCGAUUCGAUAGCGUCUUUAUUGCUGAGGCCUUUUGUCCAAUCGACGUCUUCGACUGAUUGCCUGACGGUGGAUAUUGGAUGGCUGUUGGAGAGGAUGCUCGAGGUCAUCGCGAGCCCCGACGUUCUCGACUCGUCCUCAGCGGAAGGUCAGACCCUGAUCAACUUUGACAAGCGAAGGCAUCUCUGCAAUCUGAUCAACAAGUCGUGGUCGCUACCAGCAGCACGGAAGCAUCAGCAAUCGGACGAGGCAAACAGGCGCGGCUUCGAAAGGCUGAACAACAUCGAAAAGGAGGUUAUCCAGCUUCAGUUUGACCACCGGUAUAUCAGGGACGAGGCUUCGAGAGAGGCGACCCAGGCUGCUGCCAACGGUCCUCCCUCGUCCAAGAAGGCCAUCCGCCCGUUCCACAAGACUGUCGCGCAGCAGUUGGAGAAGAACCGCAGGGACAAGACGCUUCGGUCCCGACUUCAGCGAGAGAAGAUGAUGGAGCAGACGCGCACUGAGCGCCGAGACGAUCUCCUCAACCGCGCCAUGAAGAGUCCCCGCGGCAAAUCUGGUAGCCUGUCGGUUUCUUCGUCAAGUCAGUCUCAGAACAAGCAGCACCGCAACAAGAAGAGCAUGUCUGCUUUUCUCAACUUUAUGCGCCCUAUUUCCAGUGCCUUUGGAGCCGACUUUUCGCCUAUUGGUGGUAGCAGUGGUCCGAGUGUGAAGAAGACGCCUGAGGAACUCGACUUUACACCCUCUGGCAAGCCGGCGCUGGUGCUCAGCAUCCUUGAUGCUCGCGCUGCCCAGUUCAUCAACAACGAGCGGUCGUACAUGUUCCAGCUGGAAACCGAGGAUGGAGGGCAUUACUUGCUCCAGUCUUAUUCCAAGAAGGAGAUGAACAAGUGGCUCGAGACCAUCGCGAAGGUUACCCAGAGCGUUGCACAGAGGAGGCUCACGUACAUUGGGUCGUCGCCGAAACCCCAGAUUGCGGACCACAUUCACGACCGUCCUAUCACUGCUUCGAGGGAUCCUCAUGCAGUGUUCGGCGUCGAGUUGGAGGCGCUGCUGAGCCGCGAAGCCAUGGGCGGGGAGGUCCCUCCCGGAACAAUCCCCCGCGUCAUUCACGAGUGUCUGUCCGAAGUUGAAAGCCGUGGCCUGACUGAAGUCGGAAUCUACCGUAUCGCAGGUGCCGCGCUCGAGAUUGGUGCACUCAAGGAAGCGUACAAUCGCGGGGAGUCGCCCAUCAAGGAAUCCACUGAUAUACACGCUGUCUGCGAUAUCAUCAAGUCGUGGUUCCGAGUUCUCCCUGAGCCCAUCUUCCCUGCUGCGUCGUAUUACGAGGUUAUGCAGGCGAUGAGGAUUGAGAACCUUGAUGAGAGGUUGCUGGCGAUUCGAAAUGCUGUCCAAGGUCUUCCUCAAGCGAACUUUGAUCUCCUUCGAAGAGUAGCAGAGCAUCUGGAUAGGGUGACCGACUACGAGGAGCACAACCAUAUGACAGCCGAUGCGCUCGCAAUCGUGUUCAGUCCCAACCUCCUGCGUGCACCUCAAAACAACUUUGCGAUGAUCCUGAACAACAUGGGGUUGUCCCACAGACUUGUCAAGGCGUUCAUUACCCAUUUCCACGCCAUCUUCGACGAAACUGACGGGGACGGCGAGGUCCACUCCGAUGACGAGUACGAUGCUCCUAUACCCGAGGAAGAUGAAGAGGGCUUGGAGGAUGAAGAAGGAUACGACCACCGGCAAGGAGGGGACGACGACGGUUAUACCGACAACGAAGUUGACGACCAAGGCCGCCAGUUCUACGACACCUCCAUGACGUCCUCAGACUACCACGCAGAGUCGAGCCAGCAUCAUCAUCGCCAUCAGGCUCCAGCCCUGCACCCACAAUUUUCUAGCUCAAGUUCGUUCAACCCCACAGGAAACUAUUAA